CACCCUCCGAGAGCCGCGUUCCUCCGGGUGGCCGCCACCCCGGCACCCUGUGGCCUCUGCCUCCGCUCCUUGUCCGCCUUUCCCCCUCCGUGCCGCCAUGCAGGGCCCGCCCUGCGGGUUCCUGCUCGACUACAAGACGGCCAAGUUCUCGCUGACGCGGAACCGGCGGGUGGGGCUCCUGCACCGGCUGCUGCAGCUGAGCGCGCUGGGCUACCUGCUGGGGUGGAUGCUGCUGCUUCGGAAGGGGUACCAGGAGCGCGACGCGGCCCCGCGGGUCGCUGUGGUCACCAAGGUGAAGGGGGCUGCUCCCACCGGGGCCGCGGGCCGGCGGCUCUGGGACGCGGCGGAUCUCACCUGGCCCCCGCAGGGAGAAAAUGUGCUUUUUCUGGUGACCAAUUUCAUUGCCACAGCCCAGCAGGCCCAGGGCACCUGUCCCGAGAGCCCCUCUGUCCUUGACGCGAUGUGCGCAGAAGAUGCAGAUUGUCCUGUGGGAAACCCCGUGGUUCGUGGCAAUGGGAUAAAAACGGGGAAAUGUGUGAUGUUCAAUGCCACCCAUUCCACCUGUGAGAUCUAUGGCUGGUGUCCUGUGGAGAACAGUACCUUGCCCAGGAAACCUCUUCUGGCUGAGGCGGAGAAUUUCACUCUCUUUAUAAAAAACACUGUCCACUUCACCAAAUUUAACUUCUCCAAGUGCAACACUUUACAAACCAGUGACCCCAACUAUUUCAAGAGCUGCACAUAUGAUCCAGUCUUCAACCCCUCCUGUCCUGUGUUCCGUGUACGUAACAUGGUGGAGGCAGCUGGAGAGAACUUCGGAGACCUCGCACUGCUGGGGGGGAGCAUUGGAGUUCUCAUCAAGUGGGACUGUGAUCUGGACCACCCUGCUGCCCAGUGCCAGCCACAGUAUUUCUUCAGCCUGCAGGACACGAGGUACAAUUUCAGAACUGCCUCUUACUACUGGGACUCCCAGCGACAGCUCUACCGGAACCUGCUGAAGCUUUACGGCCUCCGCUUCGACAUCUCCGUGCACGGCCAGGCUGGGAAGUUCAGCAUCAUUCCUACUGCCGUGAGCUUCGGCACAGGCAUUGCCUUCUUUGGUGCUGCUACAGUGGUCUGUGACCUGGUUCUGCUCUACCUGGAUGCAAAGGCUGACCUUUAUUGGAAGGAGAAGUUCGAGGAGGUAAGGGUGGGGCCACAUGGGAGAGAGAAGGUUGGAGUGAAGGUUUUUGGAGUGAAUAAUUUUAUGAUUUUCUGCCUCUUGGUUAAAACUCAGUUCAUAAGAUCUGGGAAGAUCCUGGUGGAGCAGCUCUUAGUCUCCAGCUUUUGGGCUUGGUGGCUGGUCUGAACUGGGAGAGCGAUGCAGCUGGUACCAGGAAAAGCUGCAUCACAACCUCAGUUCCUGUUAGACAACAAGGGGUCCCCAUGGGGACCUUAUCUGGAAAUGUGACUCAGCUCCACACUUAUUCAUCUUCUUUCAAAGGGAAUCUGGCUGGACUCCAUGCAGAGAGAGGGCAGCUCUUCCAAGCAUGUCCUGUGCUGCAGUUCAGUGACAGGUUUUCAUGCCUCACAUGAUUCCUGCUGUGGGAAUUCACUUCCCUGGUGAAUCAGUAAGUCACAGGGAGGGCCCCACAGAGCAGGAGACCUGCCAGCCCUGCCUCCAGCUUUGUCUGGCCAAGUCUUUGGAGCUUCCAAGGACUGAGAUCCACCAACUACUGGUGAACUGUGCCAGGGCUGCACUAUCCUACAGGUGGAGAAUGUUCCUGAUGCCAGAUCUGAAAUCAGGAGCAGAGUGGGAGUCUUGGACAGUGAAUCUGUUCUCAUGGGACCAAGGAGAGCAGUGCAAGUCCACCUGGGCCGUCCCCAUGCCUGUUGUACUGUUACCCCUGUUCAUUUUCCAGGCAAAACCCCCUAAAGGUAAGCCUGAGGCCUCAGCUUAUGGACAUCGGGAAUGCUCCACCCCAAGCACCCUUCCUUCUGGAGCCACCUCCAGGUAGAUGUGAUGGGGGCAUGGCUGCGGCCCAGGUGAAGGUGGGCCAGUCCUGGCCCAGGUGGGCACUGCUGGGGUUAGGGUCUGCCUUUCCUGGAGAAACAUUGGCAGCUGCAGCAGUUCUUGGCUCUUGGAACACAAAGCCAUCCCAGGUGCCACUCCCAGCACUGAUAACUGGUGCCGGAGCAGAGCUGUGCUUGCCAAAAGACGCUUAAAGCACUUUAUGUUUCUCCACAUUAUGAUGGCUGUGGGCUUUGAUUUCCCAUGAAAACCAGAGAUGCAAUGGAAUAAAGCUGUUCCAAAAGUGG